CUUUCGAUACCAACUGCCACACAAGCUAGACAACCAACCAUGCGUCUGUAUCACGUCCUACUCGCCACUGCUACUGCGCUACUUGCUAGCAACAACGGUUUCGCUGUCGCCGACGAGAAGUGCACCAUUGUCACUAAGGCACCGGAAUCUACGCCCAUUGGUUCUUCUUCGUACGCCUCCAGCGGCUCGUCCGCUGACACCCCGGUCACGCAGGACUCCACUGCUGCCUCGGAUGUCGGUGCCAGCCAGGAAACUACCCAAGACAGCCCGGUGCAGCAGUACUCCAACCCUGGCUCGGAUGCCGGUACCAGUGAGGCUUCCACCUCGGACGCCGAUGACACCGAGCAGACAGCUUCUGGCUCAUACACCCCGUCUAGUGUUGACGCUUCACAGAAGACCGAUGUUGCGUCCUCCGCCGAGACUGCCGGCGAUGCUGACCCCUCCUUGACUUUCACGGAGGUGCCGAAGGCCACCACCCUGACCCCCACGGUCGCCUCGAGCGCCAGCGCCAGCGGAUCCAGCUCCAGCUCGAUCCCCACCACUUCUAAGAACUCCACCUCGCCGUCGACUUCGACUUCCACCGGCGAGAACUCCAAGCUCUGCGCCAAGCCGCGCAUCGAAAUCACAGAGGUGAAUGUCGGUGAAUCCGUCGACGCCAACGAGGAUGAGGCCGCUCUCAAGCUGGUUGCCAUUGCUGCUAUCCCCGGUGGCGGCUCGCGCGUUGCCUUCCACAGUGGCGAAAAUGUCAUCGUGCAGGAGCUCGACGCCAGCGACAAGCUCGUGAGCGGCAGCACCGUCAAGGUCCCCGUUCACGACUUCGCCGACAUCUACGCCGACAAGGACGGCUUCGUGAUCCUCGGAACGAGAGAUGCUGAGGGCGGCGGCACCCUCAACUGUGGUAACCCGAGCAACCUGUGUGGCUCGGCGCCUAGCCCGGCCGUGCCAUGUUACGACAUGUACAUGAUCCGCUAUGAUGGCACGAAGGAGACGUGGGCCACGAAACUGACGUCGUCUAGCGCUUCGUUGCCUCCUUACUCGUCGGGCAAGACUGGCCCCGACGUGUACAUGAUCUGGUGGUACGCUCACCACGGCCGUAUCGCGUUCGAUGGCAAGAACUGGGCCGCGUACUUCGGUGCUGCUAUCUCCACUUCGGAGGGUGGUUGCAUCAACAUUCACCAGGGUGACCGCAUGAAGGUCGUGGACGCUUCUGGUAAGAUCACUGCGGACGAGGACUCAUUCGACUGGGGGUGCUCGCACUCGGCUUAUGAGCGUAUCACGUACGACAACCGUACGGACAGCUACGCUACGAUCUGUAAGACGGACAGCAACAACCGUAUCAUGCCGCCUAAGGACUGGGGCACCACGAUCUACCCGGUUGACCUGGCUGCUGCCAACCUGGGCGACAUCGUGCCGGACUCGGACGCUUCGAGCAAGAAGUACUGGGCCACUGCUCUGAAGACGUACCCGGACGGCAGUGUGGCGUAUCUGUCGAAGGGCAAGACGGACUCCUCGCUGCAGGUGGUUCGUUUCUAUGGCUGCUAA